AUGAAGCUGCUUCAGAACAAAAGCUACCUUUUGGUAGUUUUCCUCCUGUACGUUAGUAUAUUCGCCAGAGGCGACCAAAACAUUGUGGAUGAAGUGAAAUACCAUGAAGAAGUAUGUAAUGAGAGUGUGGACUUAUACCUCCUAAUUGAUGGGUCAGGAAGUAUUGGGUACCCGAACUGGAUCACGAAAGUUAUACCAAUGAUCAGUGGCUUGAUUGGCAACCUUAACCUCUCCAGGGACGCUAUAAACUUAUACAUAAGUUUAUUCGCAAACCACACAACUGAACUGAUCAGACUUGGCAGUGGGCCGUCUAUUGACAAAAAGCUAGCACUGAAAACAGUUAAUGAAUUGAGGAAAGUAUACAUACCUUAUGGUAGCACCAAUAUGUCUUCUGCUCUGGGAGAAGUAGACAUGCAUUUAAAGGAUCGAGUUAACAGACCAAAUGCAAUCCAAUUGGUUAUCUUAAUGACUGAUGGUGUACCAAACAAUAGGUACAGAGCUUUGGAACUGAGCAAAAUUUUAAAAGACAAAAAAGUGAAAUUGGCUGUUAUUGGAAUUGGACAAGGCAUUAACCACCAGUACAAUAAAUUAAUAGCUGGAUGUCGACCCCGUGAAAAAAAUUGUAAAUUUUAUUCCUAUGCUGAUUGGAAUGAGGCCGUGGCUCUUAUCAAACCUUUUAUUUCAAAGGUGUGUACGGAGGUAGAAAGAGUUGCUAAAUGUGGUCCCUGGGACCCCUGGACUCCAUGCAGUGUUACUUGUGGAAAGGGAACACACAGUAGAUCAAGACAAAUGUUGCAUGAAGGAUGUACUACGCAUAUGGUUAAAGAAUGUGAAGAGGAAGAAUGUCCAGUGGAACCUGAGCCUAUACCUGUACCAGCUCCUGUCCCAGCUGUCCCUGAAGAUGUCAACCCACGUAACACGGAUGAUGACGAUGAUCAUCACCCCAAUUUUAACAAAGAGCUAGAUGUGCCUGAUGUAGAUGAUGAUGUUCCACCUGAAAAUGAUGGGUCGGAUGGAAACCCAGUUGAAGAAAGUUACUUCCCACCAGGAGAUGACUCUGUACCUGAGGAUUCAAACGUCUUUCCAUUACCCCCAUCAGUUCCUGAAGGUUCAAAUGGAGAAUUCCCAACAGAUGUGGAGAAUAACCCAGAUAACACAUAUAACCCGGAUAACCUAGAUAACCCCAAUAACCCAGAUGAGGUACCCAUGGAGCCGGAAGUACCUGAAGACAACAACAUAAAUGAACCAGAACAUGUGGACAGUAAUGGAUAUGGAAUAAGUGAAAAAGUUAUUCCAAAGCCAAUUGAUAACGAAAAAGACAUCAGCAACAAAAACAAAACAGUUCAUCCUAACCGAUCAAAUCAACCUCAUGAUAGGUAUGCAAGACCACACAAAAACACAGAGGAAAAUAAUAACAAUAAUAAUGUAAAUUCAGACAUUCCCAACACUCCCAUCCCAUCAUCUGAGUACGAACAACCUGAAGAUAAGGGAAAGAAGUCAUCAUCGAACAAUGGUUACAAAAUUGCAGGAGGAGUAAUUGCUGGAUUAGCUUUAGUCAGCUGUGUUGGAUUCGCUUACAAUUUCGUAGCGAGUGGAGGUGCUGCAGGAAUGGCCGGUGAACCUGCUCCCUUCGAUGAGGCGAUGGCUGAAGAUGAUAAAGACGUUGCAGAGGCAGACCAGUUUAAGUUACCAGAGGAUAACGACUGGAACUGA